AUGAGCACGCGCGUACAUGGCAGCGAGCGCGAGAGCAGCUCGGUCGGGCUCCUGUCCGAGGCCUUGGACAUGCAGCGCCAGAUGUGCGACGAAGCCAUGAGCCUCGUGAACGCGGGCGUGGCCAUGCAGAACGCGUCGCCGCCCAACGUGGCCGAAGCCGAGCGGAAACUCACGCGCGCCGUGGACAUUAUGGAGCAAGCGCUGAGCAUCCGCUACAGCUCAGCAGACGAGAAGGACGCGGCGGACCGGCUGAACAACAAGAUGCUGCGGUACGUCAAGAUGAUUAAGAGCCAGCGCGCCAAGAGCCUCGUAGGCAGUGCAGGCGGCAAGGCCCGGACUAUCAACAAGCACAACAUCCUCGAGAUGGAGCGCCUGCCUGUGGUCUAUGCGCCCGUGCUGCAGCUGCUGAACAACUCGAGCCACUUGGGCGACAUUUGUGAGACGCUCAAGCACACGUUUGGCUUCCAGGACAGCAGUGUCGUGAAUCAGAAGGAGCACUUGCUGCUGCUGCUGACGAACUUUAAGGAACAGAGCAGCCACGACGACGGGACGAUGACCAAGAAGAAGAAGAAGAAGAAGCAGCAGGAUGAUACCGAGACGAUUGAUGACUAUUUGCGCCAACGUGACCCGCAGCUGGAGCUGGAUCUUGCGACCAAGGGCAUUGCGCGACUCCACAGUCGCGUGUUUGCCAAUUACAAAAAGUGGUGCAAGUAUGUGUCGCAGAAGCCCAAGUUCUCGAGCGACCCGCUCGUGGACAUUGCGCUCUUUUUCCUCAUUUGGGGCGAAGCUGCUAACCUUCGUCAGAUGCCAGAGUGUCUGUGUUUUCUGCUGCAUAGCAUGCUGCCGAAAGUCAACAGUGGGGGCAGUGAAGAGCCAGGCGCGUUCUUGGCGACGACAGUCCGGCCGAUGUACAUGGAAGUGCGCCGUGAAAGUGACAAGAAGACGAGCAAAGGAGCGCGGGCAGCUCACCGGGACAUUCGAAACUAUGAUGAUUUUAACGAGUUUUUCUGGACGAAGAAGUGCUUAAAGUACGACUAUACCAACAUUGGCGAGGCGUUUGCCACGAAUAACAAGAAGAGUCGACCAAAGAUUGUCAAGAAGACGUACAACGAGACGAGGAGCUGGCUGCGUGCGAUCAUGUCGUUUCGCCGCAUAUUCUUUAUUAACUGCGCUCUGUUUUUGGCGACGCUCGGGUUUGCCAUUGACAUGGUGCUGUACUGUCCCGAGUCGGCCAUUAUGUACGGUGAAGACGUACAGCCGAUGUCGGCCGUCGGACCCCUUGAAAUUUUGGGCAAGAGGUUUGCAGUGCCGAUCGACUCUGAGAUCAUUGAAAACAGCGACGACACUCUUUCGGACGAAAUUGAUACGGACAGCGGUGCAGGAUCUCAGUGUCUCUACUCCAAACUGGCGACAUGUCUUGGGAUACAAUUUUUUUCGUCGGCUUCGGACACUUUUGGCACUCUACCUCGAGACUUUAAGGAGCUUCUCGACAUUGUGCCGUUCACGAACUGUGUCGAAAAGAUUGUGGGUAGAUGUAAAUGUUACCACGACUUGAUCGACGAUUGCUUUAACGACGUUGGUGAUGCCGACCAAGUGUCUUCUGAAGGAGUGGUCACAUUGAUUGCGUACGACCAGAGCAUGUGUGCGCCAUCGUGGCUGCAGCAGGUCAAUAGUGUUUUGGAUGACGAGGGUGAUGGUCUGCUAAAUUGUGGGAGCUGCCAGGUCGACAUUGCCAGUCUUGCGAAGAGCCCGACUCGCAUUCUCACGUUACUGCAAGGUCUGAUCGAUUUCAGUCGGUCCGAUCAAGGCGUAAUGGCGUUUGUGGCUGGAUUUGCCAUGGUUGGUCUCGUGUGCGUGUGUGAGAUUCAGAACCGGUUCUUUUCUGGAAUUGGUGUGGGCUUCGUGGGUCGCUCCAUGCCGGUUCCUAUGAAGACAUAUUGUCGGUACACGUGCUUUUGGAUCGUGCUGUACGUGUGCAAACUAGUGUUUGAUUACCAGUUUGUGGUCAAAACGCUAGUAGAGACAACGCUGUUUGUGUACUCGGCCAAGUCAACGGACUUCCUCAAGUAUUCUCAUUUCAUGCUGCAGUUCAAGCACCACAACAUUAUUUUUAUCGUCUUCCUCUGGAUCCCAGCGUGGAUGGUGUUCAUGUACGACGCGCAGAUUUUCUACUCGGUUCUGUCCGUUAUUUACGGCUCGUUCGCCGGUUUUAAUCUGCGUAUUGGUGAACUACGAUCAUUCCGCAUCCUGCGUUUAACGUUCAAGUCCAUCCCAGGCGUGUUUAACCGCAAGCUGGUACCAAACAUUGUCGAGGAGAAGGCUAAAAAGAUGAAAAAGAAAAAGAACAGGAACGAAAGGGACGAGAUGGCUAUGCCUCUUCGCCGCUUCGAGCGCAUUUCGAUGUCUCAGGGUGCUAAGCCAUUGACGGUGAAGACGCAAAAAUACUCUUGCCUGUUGGAACAGCGUGACGACGAUGACGUGUAUAGCGAGAUGAAGACCCCGAACGGUACUGAUGAAGACAUGUCAUCGCAGUCAAGCCGCACUUCGAACAUUGGCUCCAUCACGGGUGUGUCGGGAGCAGAGUUCGAGCGUACGAUUCCGUUCGCAAUGGCCUGGAAUCGCUGCCUGACUAGUUUACGGGAAGCUGACGUCAUCAGUGAUCGCGAGCUCAACGUGCUUAGUUACCUGAUCGAUUCCAAGGACACGUUGGGCCGAAAGCUGUACCCACCUGCCUUCCUGACUGCCGGAAAGUUGGAUGAGUCGAUCGACAUUGUACUCGAGUGCUCAGCGUUGUACGAGAAGCUGAAAACCGACAAAAAGAAGAAGGACAAGGUACUUCAGAAAAUCGAGACGACUAUGCGCGAGCGACUGACAAAGGACGAUUUACGUGUGGAAUCGAUUUUGGGCUCGUACAAGUUUUCUUCUCAGGUUCUUCGCAUUUUGCUCGGUGAGGAGCACAAGGAGCUGGAUGACUGCUACAACUUUAUCGAGGAGAUGGCAUCGCACCAGCAAAUUCUGAAGGGUCUGAAGCUGGACAACCUGUACAUGUGCCGUGCUACCGCUGCUGAACUCAUGAAGUCUAUUCUUGAGGUGCCGAAGAAGUCUACGGAAAGCAGUAUCAAGUUCCAGCGUGCGCUGUACAAGGUGAUUGACUCCGUCGAGUCGGUGAUCAACUGCCUCAAGAUGGUGUUGGGAAAGCAGGAGAAUUUGGUACAGAUGCUGAACGACACACCUUUGAAGCCGAACUCGUUCUUUUUUCCUGGUGAUUCUCAGCAUUACGCGAGCUUACAGUUGCAGAAGAUUGUAAACGAUGAAGCUGCUCUGGACAUUGUGUCACGUGCGUAUCAGCUGUUGACGGUCGACAACUUUGACGCCGAGCCGCGUUCUGAGGAAGGACGUCGUCGCUUGCGCUUUUUCGCCAAUUCGCUGUUUAUGGACAUGCCGGAGGCAAAGCCUAUUCGCAAGAUCCGUUCACUGACUGUGUCGACACCGUACUACAACGAAAUCGUCAUGUACUCGAUAAAGGAUUUGACGGCUCAGAAUGAUGACUGCAUAAAGUUGCUGUACUAUCUGCAAACCAUCUAUCCGUUCGAAUGGGAGAAUUUACUGGAACGUAUCCAGGCAAAGGACAUGAAUGAAGCGCUGAAGAAAAACCCGGAGGAGGUUCAGCUAUGGGCUAGCUACCGCGGGCAGACUCUGGCUCGCACUGCCCGUGGUAUGAUGUACAACGAGGAAGCCAUCCGCUUUUUGCACUGGUUGGAGAUUGGCGAGAACGAGCCGAUGCAUCAAGUGACAUGCUCGUGCAACAAAUGCCGCAAGCUGAAUGAAAUGGUCCACCUGAAGUUUAGCUACGUGUGCACGUGCCAGAUUUACGGAAGACAGAAAGACGAGCAAAAGCAGCAAGCUCAAGACAUUGAUUUCCUGCUCCGCAAGCACCCCAACCUUCGUGUCGCGUACGUUGACGGCCCGAAGAAGGUGAAGGACGGCCCGCCGAAAUUCUUUUCUGUGUUGAUUCGUGCCCUCGAUGACAAAAUCGCCGAAAUUUACCGGGUGGAGUUGCCGGGCAAUCCGAUCGUUGGUGAGGGCAAGCCUGAGAAUCAGAACCACGCCAUCAUCUUCUCGCGGGGCGAGUUGUUGCAGUGUAUUGACAUGAACCAGGAUGGCUAUUUCGAAGAAGCUUUGAAGAUGCCGAACCUGUUGUCAACGAUGGACAGUGGCACUGAGAAACGUCCUUUGACGAUUAUUGGUUUCCGUGAGCACGUCUUCACUGGCGGUGUGUCAAACCUCGCCAGCUUUAUGUCGAUCCAGGAGCUGUCCUUCGUGUCGCUCGGUCAGCGCAUGCUUGCUCUCUUUCAUGUGCGUCAGCAUUACGGCCACCCCGAUAUAUUCGACAAACUGUUUGCCAUGAGUAGUGGUGGCACAGCCAAGGCUUCUAAGGGUAUCAACCUUUCAGAAGAUAUUUUUGCUGGUUUCAACAGUACCCUUCGCGGUGGUCGUACGUCUCACGAGGAGUUUAUCCAGGUGGGCAAGGGUCGUGACGUGGGCAUGCAGCAGCUAGCUCUUUUCGAGGCCAAGUUAUCUUCAGGCGCUGGUGAAGCCGUGAUUUCCCGCGAUGCGAUGCGUAUGGCUUCGCGUCUGGAUUUCUUCCGUCUUCACUCUUGGUUCUAUGGCAACUUGGGUUGGUACUUUACGCAGUCCAUGACUGUAGUGGGCGUGUACUUCUUUAUCUACGGCAAGGUGUACAUGGCGCUGAGUGGCAUGGACAGUUACUUUCUCGAGAGGGGUGGACUGGGAAUUGCUGGCACGUUGAACACAUCAUGGGCAUUCCAGUUUGGUUUCUUGUUGGUAGUUCCCGUUAUCGCAGUGGUAGGUGUGGAGCAGGGUUUCCGUCAUGGUUUCACUUACCUGCUGUGGAACUGCAUGACGCUUGGCCCUAUCUUCUUCACAUUUCAGAUGGGAACGCGUAUGCACUACUUUGACCGUACGUUGAUUCAUGGUGGCGCAAAGUACCGUGCUACGGGUCGUGGUUUCACGAUCAAGCACGAGAAGUUUGCGGAGCUGUACCGCUUCUACGCGUUCAGUCACUUCUACCGUGGUGUGGAGCUGCUGUUCUUGUUGUUGAUGUUUUACAUCUACGGCACGUUUUCGUGGUGCAACUGCUCAUGGCGACUGGACGCCGAUUUCUACAACAACGUUCAGCCGUCCGACCUUGAUUGGCGCGCUCGUUGCUACGACGACCACUACCAGACGUGUGUUUUGCCAACGAACCAGAACUAUGGUGUCAUGUCGUAUUCUUUGUGGAUCAUUGCUGCGACGUGGAUGUGGGCCCCAUUCUUUUUCAACCCGAGCGGUCUGGACUGGGACAAAAUCAUUGAGGACUAUAACGACUGGCAAAACUGGCUCAAAACGAAUAACGACUCGGCAGACAGCUGGUUUGGCUGGUGGUCCAAUGAACAGGAGUAUCUGGAGCACACGACUUCUGGUGCUCGCUUCAUCACUGGCCUUCGCAAGCUUCGUUUCUUACUGAUCGCCGUCGGCAUGUACCUGAACAUGAUGUACGACGCGUAUUUCGAGCAGCCGAACAGGGUUAUUGAGUCGGGUGACGAUAUGCUGACGUACGCGUUGUCCGGUCUGGUCAUCGUGAUAUUUGCACUACUGAUAUGCUGCGGUUACAUUGCUAGCCGUGUGACCAAGAAGAUGUCGAUGAAACAGCGCAAACUGCGCAAGAUCAAAUUCCUGCUGUCGUGCUGCUGUUUCCUCGUAUCGAUGCUGAGUCUGACGGUGCUGUCGGUGGGCAACCUGUUUGCAAUCUUUAUUCUGCUGAUGAUGGCGAUCUACUGGUUCAUGCAGAUGUGCAUGUUGCGUCUGCAGUACCACCACAUUGUGGUGCGUGCGCUCGCACGCGCCUUCGACCAUGCAGUUGGCUGGAUUGUAUUUGGGCCCAUUAUGGUGGUGUCGAUGUUCCUGCCCUUCAUCUCUUCGUUCCAGCAGCGCGUCAUGUUCAACAACGCCUUCACGUCGGGUCUCGAGGUGUCAAAGCUCUUUGCACACGACGUGGCUCCGGCACAAGUUGUCAAGGUCAAGCGUGUGUCGAAGAAGAAGAAAACCCGGGAUGACUAA